AUGGAAGGGGUAGAAUUCGAAGACGCUUCUGUGGGAAAAAGAGGGAAAAGACGCCGACAGAAGAGUGAGGCUAGAGGGUCCAAGAAACGUCUGAAGGCGAAACAUAGGGAUGAAGAUGACCCUUCCAUAGUCACACCCAAAAGACGUUCAGAUCGCGUUUCAAAGAAAGAAAAAACAGUAGAUCAAUUAUGCGAAGAGUUAGGUAUUGAAGAUGUAGAAAUGACAUAUUCAACUGAAGACUUCGAGAACUGGACCAUUCAGAAGUUGUUCGAUCAAUACGUUCGUCCCCUAAUUUCUAACAAAAACCCAAAUGCGUCAAAAGAGGAUGUUCAGAAGGUUUUGGAUGCGAAGUGGAAAGAGUUUGCUAUCAUGAACCCAUAUAUUCCAAAAGGGGAGGAAGACUUGGAUGAUGAUUUUGAUGACGGAGACACUGAGACACAAGAUGAUGACACUUCAGAUGUCCGCGUUCAAAGCGUCUCUUUCAAAAGACGUAGAGUUGUCGGAAAACAUACAGCCCAGAUAUCUUCAACUGGUUAUGCCACACCACUUUCUGGGGGUGGUGGAAGUGAAGCCGCAAGCCAGUCUCCUCCGCCUUCACCUGUUCCGGUGCAGGCUACAACUCCUCCGUUGAAAAUACGCAUAAGCAAAAAGAAGAGGAGGCGUGGUCGAAAGAAAGCUGAAGAGCGGUCUGUUGGAGGUCAUAAUACCAGCGAUGAAGAGUUUGAACGUCAGUUAGAAGAAGCUGAACUGGCUCAGGAUGAAGAACGUGAUCGACGUAAGCAGCGUUCAGUGAAGCGACCUAGUUCUGGCGGAAGUGGACUUGGAGCGAAGUCAUCUGAUACUAGUUAUCUGUCAACGAAAAUAAGUCAUACUCACCAGAAGACUACUGCGCGAUUUCCCCUUGUUGUUGCACGAACUGUCGCUAGGAUAGGUGAGGAAGAAGGUUAUGAAACUGAUCAUCAGGAUUACUGUGAAGUUUGUCAGCAGGGAGGUGAAAUAAUGCUGUGCGAUACUUGCCCCCGUGCAUAUCACUUAGUGUGUUUAGAUCCUGAAUUGGAAGAGGCCCCUGAAGGAACUUGGUCUUGUCCUCAUUGUGAAAAGGAAGGCAUCACGUCAGUUUCAAAAGCACCUAAAGAAUGUGAAGAUAGUGGUUCCGAUGCGGCCGUUACAUCAGAUAAGAAUGGUAAAACUGUUUCUGCAGCUCAUGUUCCGUCACCUGAGAAAGACGAACACCAAGAAUUUUGUACUGAAUGUAGAGAUGGUGGUGACCUUAUUUGUUGUGAUAACUGUCCUGCUAGUUACCACAUUGGUUGCUUGAUUCCACCCCUAGCUAAUAUCCCCGAAGGAGUCUGGCUGUGUCCACGAUGUGGAUGUAAGCCACUUAAGGGUAAAGUAUCGAGAAUACUCACAUGGAGAUGGUUUGAACCUCCGAAAAAUGGAGAUGAACUUGUUCAUACACAUCAUCACCAGCAUUCAGAAGAACCGGCAUCAGAAGAAAGUGGAGAAAAGAAUUUGAAACCUGAAAAUACAUCCGAUGAUAUUAGUACUGUUCAAGACAAUAAUUCAGUGGUAGAUACUAUUAAUCCAACCCCAGUAACAUCAGAAAAACCUGAAGAGCCUUCCACUGACACUGGAGCUGAAUGUGAGUCGAAGCCUGUUGCAGAAACAACCAAUACCUUGUCAGCACCAGAACAACAGCCUGUUCCAGUGAAACCAAUACAUAUAAGGCGUCCCACAAGAGAAUUUUUCGUUAAGUAUUCUGAUUUGUCAUACUGGCAUUGUGAAUGGUUAACUGAAUUACAAUUGGAUGUUCAUCACCCAAUAAUGCUGCGGAAUUACUUUAAGAAAAAUGAUAUGGAGGAACCUCCACUUCCGGAAGAUGGAAGCACUUACAGAGGACGGGCUCGUGAGAAAGUUGCAGACCCUCAUAAUUUAGAGGAACGCUUCUACAAAUGGGGUGUCAGACCAGAAUGGUUGCAACCACAAAGAAUUAUUGACCAUCGAACUGGCAGAGGAGGCCAGACUUGGUAUCUCGUCAAGUGGCGUGAUCUUCCUUACGAUGAAUGUACAUGGGAAGCUCGGGAUGGAGAAGUUGUUGAUAUGGAUAAGUAUAUUGAAGAAUAUCGAACAAUGCGAAAAGUCUUCAUGGGGCACUUAUGUAGUACUGUUGGACCUGAUGGUUCUCUUUCGGUUGUUAGUUUAUGCAAAAGGCAUAAACCGGGUCGUCGUUCUUCAAAAGAACUUGCUGCUGAAAAUCUAAGCCCAGAAUUACUCCGUAAAUUACCACCCGAUAGGUGUUUGACGGACUUAAAGAAGCAGUACACUACGCAACCAAGUUUUCUUGAUGAAACAGAUGGACAGCUGCACGAGUAUCAGUUGGAAGGUGUUAACUGGCUUAGAUUUUCCUACGGUAAUAAAAUCGAUACAAUCCUAGCUGAUGAAAUGGGUUUGGGGAAGACUAUACAAACAAUUGCAUUUCUUUAUUCUCUUUACAAAGAAGGUCAUUGCCGUGGUCCAUUUCUUGUCGCUGCACCCCUUUCAACUAUUAUUAAUUGGGAACGUGAAUUCGAAUUUUGGGCUCCAGAUCUUUAUGUAGUCUCUUAUAUUGGUGAUAAAGAUUCACGAACGGUCAUUCGGGAACACGAAUUCUCAUUUGAUGAAGGUGCUGUUCGUGGUGGCGCUAAAGCGAUGCGAAUGAGAACUGGUACAUCAGUUCGAUUUCAUGUACUCCUGACAAGUUAUGAGUUGAUCAGUAUUGAUCAGGCUUUACUAGGUUCCAUUGACUGGGAAGUUCUUGUUGUAGAUGAGGCGCAUCGCCUUAAAAAUAAUCAAUCAAAGUUUUUCCGUAUUUUAACAACUUACAAAAUAGCAUAUAAACUUCUGUUGACUGGAACUCCUCUUCAAAAUAAUCUGGAGGAACUCUUCCAUCUGCUACAUUUUAUGACACCAGAGAAGUUCAAUGAUAUGCAAGGUUUCUUAGAUGAGUUCGCAGAUAUAUCAAAAGAAGAACAAGUGAAGAAACUGCAUGACAUGCUUGGUCAGCAUCUACUGAGGCGUCUCAAAGCUGAUGUGCUUCAAAAUAUGCCAUCUAAGGGUGAAUUCAUCGUAAGGGUAGAACUCAGCCCUAUGCAAAAGCGCUACUAUAAGUUUAUACUCACUCGCAACUUCGAGGCAUUAAGUUGUCGCAGUGGAGGUUCACAAGUUUCUUUGAUCAAUAUUAUGAUGGAUCUCAAGAAGUGUUGCAAUCAUCCAUUUCUUUUCCCAUCUGCUGCAGAAGAAGCACAGCGUAUGCCCAAUGGUGCUUAUGAAGGCGUUGGACUCCGUAAAGGCUCUGGAAAAUUAGAAUUAAUGAGUAAGAUGUUACGAAAAUUGUAUGAAACAAAACACAGAGUAUUGAUUUUCUCACAGAUGACAAAGAUGCUUGAUCUUUUGGAGGACUUUCUAGAUUCUGAAGGUUAUAAGUUUGAAAGAAUCGAUGGUGCUGUUACUGGUCAACUUCGUCAAGAUGCUAUAGAUCGUUUCAAUGCUCCAGAUUCACCUUCGUUUGCAUUUUUGUUAUCCACUAGAGCUGGUGGCUUAGGUAUAAAUUUAGCCUCUGCAGAUACAGUCAUCAUUUAUGAUUCGGAUUGGAACCCACAUAAUGAUAUCCAAGCAUUUUCUCGUGCUCAUCGUAUUGGCCAGUCGAAUAAAGUUAUGAUUUAUCGAUUUGUCACCCGUGGGACAGUUGAAGAACGUGUUACGCAAGUCGCAAAGAAAAAAAUGAUGCUAACUCACCUGGUUGUUCGCCCUGGAUUAGGCGGUAAAGGUUCAUGCCAGAUGUCCAAGAAAGAACUUGAUGAUAUUCUUAAAUUUGGAACUGAAGAUUUAUUCAAGGAAGGUGAAGAGAACAUGGAAGAUGAACAUACAAUUGUGUAUGAUGAUGCUGCUAUUGAACGUUUACUUGAUCGUAGUCAACAAGGCUUAGAAGAAAAAGCCUUAGAAAUGAAUGAUUAUUUAACUUCAUUCAAAGUGGCUCAUUAUGAAAAGAAGGGAGUCAUUGAAGAAGAGGAAGAUGAAUCAGAGGAUGAAGAUGAAAAUCGUGAAGUUAUCAAACAAGAACUUGAUCCAGCAGAUCCAACAUAUUGGGAAAAGCUACUACGACAUCAUUUUGAACAAGCUCAAGAAGAUCAAGCCCGAGCUCUUGGCAAAGGUAAACGGGUUCGAAAACAAGUUAAUUAUUCAACAACUCAAGAAGAAGAGGAAGAAUGGAAUCAGGCUAUGACCGAUCAUGAUAGUGACUUUUCUAACAAGGAUGAAGAUGAUGAUGAAUAUGAUGAACGUACAGGCGCAGCUGGCGGUGAUGUCCCUGUGAUGAGUCGUCGAACUCGACGUGAACGUGAAGGCAAAAUGCCUCCACUUUUAUCACGUGUAAAUGGUCAGAUUGAAGUGCUAGGUUUCAAUGCUCGUCAACGUCGUUCUUUCCUCAAUGCAGCAAUGCGGUAUGGACUACCUCCAAGUGAUCAGCCAUGGAUGGUCAGAGAUUUGAGAUGUAAACCUGAUCGUGUAUUUAGAGCAUACAUUUGUCUGUUUAUGCGUCAUCUGUGUGAACCUGAGACUGAAAAUUCUGAAAGUUUCAGUGAUGGCGUACCCCGUGAAGGUCUAUCUACUCAGCAUGUUCUAAGUCGUAUUGGAAUAAUGACCCUUGUACGCAAGAAAGUUCAAGAAUUUGAAAAGAUUAACGGACACUGGAGCAUUCCAGAGUUAGAACCGAAACCAGAAAAUAAAGAUGCAGAAUUACCGAAGACAGAGGAUCCCAAUGAAGUAGUAUUAACAAAGAAUGUUGGAGAUGUGGAGAAUUGUUCUGCAGUCACAGAAACCAAUAAUAAUAGUAAUAAUAAUAAACAACCAGUGAUUAGUGAUGUUGACUCUCUUGGUAAGGAGAAAACUGUUAACACCAAAGUGAGCAGCGGUACUACAGGAGAUGAAACGUGUUUAGCGGAUGAUGCUUCUAAGGCGAGUGAUAAAACUGAUCCUAUGGAAAUUGAUGAAUUACGUGUAAUUGCUGGACAAAAUAAGGUGACAGAUGAUCCACAAACAAAUACAAAGGUGGAGACGACUGCUGAUUCUUCAGAUGUUGCUAAGGAAUGUAUAAACGAGAGGGAAAAUGGAAAUGCGGAAGGUUCACAAAACACUGACAAAACUGACGUAGCCAGCCAUCAAUUCAUGUUUAAUAUUGCGGAUGGUGGUUUCACUGAACUUCAUACUAUCUGGUUGAAUGAACAGCGUGCAUUGAUAAAAAAUCGUGAGGCAGAAAUUUGGCAUCGUCGACACGACUACUGGCUUCUAGCUGGUGUAGUGCAACACGGAUAUGGCAGAUGGCAAGAUAUACAUAAUGACCCGCAUUAUGCAAUUGUGAAUGAACCAUUUAAAAAUGAAGCUCAAAAAGCCAACUACUUAGAAAUUAAAAAUCGUUUCUUGGCCCGUCGUUUUAAGUUGUUAGAACAAGCUUUAAUAAUCGAGGAACAGCUCCGUCGAGCAGCCCUUCUAAAUAUUCCAGCAGAUCAAUCGGAACACAUACAAAGUUUAAAUAGACGAUUCACUGAGCUUGAGUGUCUGGCUACAGGACAGUUGCAUCUUUUCAAUGAUGCCUUGGCCGGUAACAAAGCUUUAGUUCCAUUGUUACACAAAGUUCUGACUCUUAUGGAGGAUAUUCUGGUCGAUAUGAAACAAGACGUUGCACGGCUGGUUAACUUAUUGCCUCGACUACCUCCUGUCACUCAACGUUUACAACUGAGUCAUACAGGUCUUCUAGGAAAGCUAACACAGCAGCUUACUGCUAACAAAAAUGCACAGUCAGCAUCUAUUCAAAAGCAGCCUGAAACAAAAGAAGAACCUGUGAAUCUGGUUACUCCAACUACAGAAACCUCCCAACAACCAUCUUAAUAUCCCGAUGCAGCUAUGCACCAAAAAUACUUGUACAGUUCUACAUUUUUCUUAUUCCCAUAAUAUUUCAAUGUUCACUUCUCA